GCGCGAGCAAAACUGCCCCACGUUAACUCACCCACACAUCAUGGCGCCCGUAUCGCUUCUCGACCUCGUGUCGGCGCUGCCCGCGAAGGAGGCAUGGGGCCCCGAAGUCUCCAGCGAGACGAUGCUCGACGGCGUUCCGUAUGCGCCCUACUCCAAGGCCGACAAGCUGGGCCGCAUGGCAGACUGGACAGACGGCAAAGACCGGGACCGGGGCGGCCGCCAGAACUAUGGCGGACGCAACUACAGAGACCAGCAGGUGUACGGCGCGAACCAGACCACGAAUCCGUUCGCAGUGCAGAUGGCGGAAGAGGAGGCAACCUUCUCCGUCGUCGACAACUCGCGCACAUCCGCCCGUGGCAGGGGCUUCGGCCGGGGUGGCGGCACCGUUUUCGGCCGUGGACGCGGUCAGCGGGGUGGACAGGCUCAGCGCGGCGGGCGGGGUGCCUUCCAGCGCGUUGGCGGUGGCCGUGGGGGGCAGCAGUACGACAACCGGGGCGGACGGGGUGGACGUGGAGGCCGCCGCUUCGGCCGGUGGGACGACAAGCCGCAGCGCAACCGCGAUGCGUCUGUGCAGGUCAAGCCGGACUGGCAGGUGCUGGAAGAGAUGGACUUUACACGUCUGGCCAAGCUGAACCUGGCCACGGGCGACGGCGAGGACAUCGACAGCUACGGCUUCCUCUACUACUACGAUCGCAGCUACGACAAGCAGCCCGGCGCCGUCACCUCGCAGCGCAAGCUCAACGUCCUCGAGCGCGCCGCCUACAAUGUCACCACCUCCAGCGACCCCAUACUGCAAGAGCUUGCCGAGAAGGACGAGGCCACCAUCUUCGCCACCGACAGCAUUCUCUCCGUGCUCAUGUGCGCCACCAAGUCGGUAUACUCGUGGGAUCUCGUCAUCACAAAGAGGGGCAGCAAGCUCUUCAUCGACAAGCGCGACAACUCAAAUCUGGACAUGGUCACCGUCAACGAGAACGCGACCGACGCACCGCUCGAGACGUCAGAAGGCAACAAGGACACCAUGAACAGCCCCAGCGCCCUGAUGCUCGAAGCCACCCACAUUAACAACGUCUUCCCGCUCCAGGUCGUGAACGAGUCACAAACCAACAAGGUCGAGAUGCCCCACGAGCACCCUUUCUACAACGAGGAAGUCGAGAGCGACCCCCCAGCCUCCAAGGCCUACAAGUACCGCCGCUUCGACCUGUCUCUGGACCAGGACGAGGACCCGCUGCACCUCAUCGUGCGGACAGAGUUCGAUGCUGUGGUCAAGAACAACAUCAACGGCGAGGAUCAAUACCUGAUCAUCAAGGCACUCAACGAGUUCGACAACAAGGCUCAAGGCAGCGGUGGUGCUCUUGACUGGCGGACAAAGUUGGCCAGCCAGCGUGGUGCCGUCCUUGCCACUGAGAUGAAGAACAACGCCUUCAAGCUGGCUCGAUGGGCGACGCAAUCCAUUCUCGCAAAGGCCGACUCCAUGAAGCUUGGAUUCGUCUCCCGCGCCAACCCCAAGAACAACAACGAUCACGUCAUCCUCGGCGUGCUCACCAACAAGCCCCGCGACUUCGCCAACCAGAUGGCCCUCAACCUCAACAAUGGCUGGGGUAUCGUCCGCACCAUUGCUGACAUGUUACUCAAGAUGGACGACGGCAAGUAUGUGCUUGUCAAAGACCCGAACAAGUCCAUGCUGCGCCUGUACUCUGUUCCGGAGAAUACUUUCGAGGAGGAGAUUGAAGAAGCUCCUAUUCAGGAGGAAGAGGAGAACGACUCUUAAUUGCUGGGCGUGUUACGAUUUACGUGCAUGAUUGAUCCGGGUGGUUUUAUGAGGGAUGAUGGGUAGACAAAAUACCACGAGCAAUAAGCUUCCUGUUGGUCAAAUCCGAUUUUUUUUUCUUCUC